GAAAUCCGAAUAAACUUCCGGUGUACACAUGAAAGAUGGCGGACACUGGUGUACUGCCGUUUGUCAGAGGAGUUGAUUUCACUAAAAAUGAUUUCAAAGAUGGUAAAUUUCCUCAUGAUGUUGCAGACAUGACUGGAUUGCGAUGGCUUAGACUCAACAAAACUGGUCUUGAAAACAUUCCACCACAAAUCUAUAAACUGAAGAAACUGGAACAUUUCAAUAUAACCAAGAACAAUGUGGAAAAUCUGGGAGGUGAUUUGGUCAAUUUGAGCGCCUUGCGUACUUUGAACUGUCGGCAUAACAGACUCAUAGAUGAAGGAAUUCCCAAAGAUAUUUUCAACCUAGAAGAUCUUCAAGUUGUGGAUUUGAGUCAUAACAAUUUGAAAGAAGUGCCAUCAGAGCUUGAGAAGGCCAAAAACUGCAUUGUGCUGAAUCUGGCAAACAACAACAUUGAAAUGAUUCCAAAUCAGCUGUUCAUCAACCUAACAGAUCUGAUAUUUGUUGACCUCAGUGAUAAUAAUUUAGAAACUUUGCCUCCACAGAUGAGAAGAUUGACAAACUUACAAACUCUUAUCCUAAACAACAAUCCCUUAAUUCAUGCUCAACUGAGACAAUUACCAGCCCUUGUUGCCUUGGAAACUCUCCAGAUGAGAAACACCCAGAGGACCCUGGCAAACUUUCCAUCAGGUUUGGACUCUCUCAGUAACCUACAGGACAUAGAUUUGUCUGGAAAUGAUCUUCCUCGAGUUCCAGAGACUUUGUAUAAACUGACUGCCAUUAAACGUUUAAAUCUCAGCAGCAACCAAAUCUCGGAAUUGUCACUGGUCAUAGAUACGUGGGUGAAUUUGGAAACCCUAAACUUAUCAAGAAACAAUCUUCCUGCACUCCCUAGUUCUUUGCAUAAGCUCUCCUCCCUGAAGAAACUUUACGUGAACUCCAAUAAAUUAGACUUUGAAGGAAUUCCAGCAAACAUAGGAAAGUUACAUAACCUGGAAAUCUUCAGUGCUGCCAACAACAAUCUUGAACUGAUUCCAGAGGGACUGUGCAGAUGUGGAAAACUAAAGAAACUCAUUCUGAAUGGAAACCGAUUGGUCACGUUACCGGACAUUCUUCAUCUUCUACCAGAUCUUGAGACCCUGGAUGUACGGGAUAACCCUGACUUGGUAAUGCCACCCAAACCAGCAGAGAUGAAGAAGAGUUUUGAGUAUUACAAUAUUGACUUUUCUCUCAACAACCAGUUAAGAUUGGCAGGUGCCCCCACAGCGCCAUCUACUGGACAAUCUCCAGUGCAAAAAGGUGAUCCAGUUGCUAGGAAAUUGAGAUUGAGAAGGCGCAGAGAUGGACAAGAAAGUGAAAAAGUUUUAAAAGGCAUGAGAGAUGUCGCCAAAGAGAAAGAACAUAUGCCCAACUUAGAAGAGGAAGUGAGGGAACCUCUUAGAAGAUUUAGUGAUCUUUUAAGACCAAAGAAAUGGAACGAGCAUCUUCAGAAACCCCAGCUGGAUUACAGUGAAAUCUUUGACGAGGAUGUCGGACAAAUUCCAGGAAUUACUUGCUGGGAGAUUGAAAAUUUCUUGCCAAAUCCCAUUGAUGAAGCAAUGAAUGGAAAGUUUUAUGAAGCUGAUUGUUACAUCGUACUGAAGACCUUUAUAGACGAUACAAACAGCAUCAACUGGCAAAUCUGGUUCUGGAUUGGAGAGAGAUCCACUCUGGAUAAGAAGGCGUGUUCAGCUAUCCAUGCAGUCAAUCUCAGAAACCUGCUGGGAGCUGAGUGUAGGACGAUUAGAGAGGAGAUGAAUGAUGAAAGUGAUGAAUUCUUAGAUCUUUUUGAAAAUGGAAUUUCAUACAUCGAAGGUGGUCGCACAGCCAGUGGUUUUUACUCGGUGGAAAAUAUUGUGUAUGAACCAAAGAUGUACAGAGCGUCUGGAGUCAAAAGAAUUCACCUUGAAAGAACGGAAUCUCUGCUGUCACAUUUGGACCGACGCUUUGUUUUCUUGUUUGACUGCGGGAUGAACAUCUUUAUCUGGUCAGGAAAGCUGGCCAAAGGCGUCACCAGAACGAAAACAAGACUGAUUGCAGAAAAAAUAAACAAAAAUGAGCGUAAGAAUAAAGCCGAGAUUUCUAUGGAAACACAAGGUGGGGAGUCUAGUGAGUUUUGGAAAUCUCUAGGAGAAACACCUACAGCAUUCAUCGGGGAGUGUGUCCCAAAUGAUUUUGAGCCAGCUGAGCCACACAUGUACAAAGUUGGACUGGGGAUGGGAUACCUGGAGCUUCCUCAAGUUGAAAUACCACAGAAUGUGUUAAAACAGAAGUUAUUGGAUUCCAAAAAUGUGUACAUAUUGGAUUGCAAGUCGGAUUUAUUUGUUUGGAUUGGCAAAAAGUCCACCAGGCUUAUCAGAGCAGCUGCCUUGAAAUUGUGUCAAGAGUUAUGUGCCAUGAUAGACCGACCCGGAUUCUGUUCAGUAACUAGAUGUUUAGAGGGGACAGAGCCUCAAAUUUUCAAGACCAAGUUCGUGGGAUGGGAUGAUGUGAUUGCAGUGGACUUCACCAGAACAGCAGAAUCUGUGAUCAGAAGAGGAGCUGAUAUGAAGGUUAUCAUGGAAAGAGACAAGAUGAAGACUGACCUUUCUGCACUCUUCAUGCCCAGACAACCUAUCAUGUCAAUGGAAGAAGCAGAGUCGAUAAUGCAAGAAUGGAAUGAAGAUCUGGAUUCUAUGGAGGCGUUUGUUCUGGAAGGAAAGAAGUUUGUCAGACUUCCCAGUGAAGAAUUAGGAAUAUUCCAUAAUGAGGAUUGUUAUGUGUUCCUGUGUCGGUAUUGGGUCCCUGUCGAGUUACCUGAGGAUGCUGAGGAGGAGGAGGAAGAUGAGCUGCCUGAGGAUGACUUCAAGUGUGUGGUGUAUUUCUGGCAGGGACGAAUGGCCUCCAACAUGGGCUGGCUUACCUUCACCUUCAGUUUACAGAAGAAAUUUGAAUCUCUCUUUGGGGACAAACUGGAGGUAGUGAGAACCCACCAACAGCAGGAAAACCUCAAAUUCCUCUCGCAUUUCAAGAGAAUGUUUGUCAUCCGCAGUGGCAAGAGAAAACUCCCCAAUGCUCCUGUGGAGAAACCUUCCACCGAGUUCUUCCACUUACGUGCCAAUGGCAGUCCUAUUGCCACACGCUGUGUUCAGAUUCAACCUUGUUCAUCAUUCCUGAAUCCUAGAUUUUGCUACAUCCUGAUGGUGCCCUUUGAUAGCCAAGAUCUCAAAGGAGUUGUGUAUGUUUGGAUUGGAGGUUUGGCUGAACAUGAAGAUGCUGUGGUGGCAGAGAAAAUUGCCUAUAAAAUGUAUCAGGACGAGUAUACGAUACAAAUGAUCAGUGAGGGGGAGGAGCCAGAGAACUUUUUCUGGGUUGGCAUUGGUGGUAAAAAGCCAUAUGACAAGGAUGCCAACUACAUGAAAUUUGCUAGGUUGUUCAGAUGUUCUAAUGAAAAGGGAUAUUUUGCCGUUUCUGAAAAGUGUGCAGAUUUUUGUCAGGAUGACCUUGCAGAUGAUGAUGUGAUGAUUCUUGACAAUGGAGAACAAGUCUUUCUGUGGGUGGGCAGAAAAACAAGUGAUGUGGAAAUCAAAUUAGCAUUCAAAAGCGUACAGGUGUAUAUCCAACAUUUACGCAACAAGCAACCAGAUCGACCCCGCAAACUAUUGCUCGCCAUGAAGUAUAAAGAGCACAAGAAAUUCACCAAAUGUUUCCAUGGCUGGGGAAAGUACAAAGAGGUCAAAGAAUAAAUAACGUGCUGGAACUACUUUUGUUUUACCAUGCUAGACCAAAUAACCUAGUGCAAUACGUUUUUCCUUAGGAGUGUUUGUGGCACAUGUUGCAAAAAAGUGGUGUGAUUGUGCGCGUGUUCUAUGUCUACAUAUUAUAUUGCCUGUCUCCCGCACAAAAGGAGAAUUUUAUCAUCUGCUGUAAAAUGUGUGUAUUGCCUUCACUGAAUGCACACUAGACAUAAAUUAUCCAGUGAACAAGUCUUUCAUGAUGAUUGUGUAACUUUCAUUUCUUGAAUACUGUAUGUUACCAAUAAAUUUAUAAUACAAUAAAUCCUAACAAAGAAGAAAA